CCACAUUUCAUGCUUGAAUAAGUAAUAUACAAGUGUUUGUUGAUAAAGUAGACGAGACGCAUAUUUAGUUAGGAAAGAAGUGUUUUGUAUUUUACUUGUCGUUCCUCUUUCGGAAAAUCAACAUAGUAUGCUAUUCGGAAAAUACAUGUAUGAAGAUGUUUCCUAAUGCACUCCAUGUAAAACUAUGUUGCGUUUUCUUUGUUUGUUACAGCUCUCUACAAACAAAAGCUGAUAGUACAGAUCAGGAACCACAAUGUACAUCUAAGUUUGACUACGAUUAUAAGAUUAUACAAGAGUUAAUUCUUUUAAGACAGGAUUUAACGGCUGCAAAGGAAGAAAUUCGAAGACAACAAGUGGAGAUACAAGCUCUCAAAGAAGCAGAAAAAUCUAUUGGAAGCACGUAUAUUCGUUGGGGUCGCAAAGUUUGCCCUGAAAAUGGAACGAACCUCAUAUACUCUGGUUUUAUGGGUGGGUCUGAUAAGGAACAACCGGGAACCGGGUCCAAUUAUCUCUGUCUUACUGCUGAACCUUUGUGGGACCACUUUAAGGACACAGCAGAAAGUCUAGGGAAAAUAACUGGUGUAGAGUAUCAAUUUUGGAACCAUAGAUCUAAUGGAGCUGCAGAUUUUUUCGGAGACAACAUGUUCAACCACAACGCUGUUUGUGCCGUCUGUCAAACGAAGAGAAGUACAUCGUUGAUGAUUCCAGGGAGAAACAGGUGUUACGAUGGUUGGACGAUGGAAUAUAGCGGGUAUUUAGUAUCUGGUUACUACGGUGAUAAGAGCGCUACUGAAUACGUUUGUCUCGAUCGACGUCCAGAAAAAGUCGUCAAUGGUGAUGCGGAUGAUGAGGAUAACCGUCUUUACUUAGUUGAAGGCAUCUGUGGGAAAAGUUUGGCCUGCCCACCGUACGUCGGCGGUAGGGAGAUAACAUGUGUUGUCUGUACUCUUUAAGUACAUCUGUGUAUGAACAGACAGACAAAAAUAGCAAUCAAUCUGAAGAUUAUUUAGAAGCUACCUAUCUAAUAGUUAUUCGUUUCAGCUACAUGCUUACUAAAUUAACUUCAUACGUAGUCGUACCUGUUCACUGUGUUUCUUAUUUUAUCAAAAUAAUAAAAUCAUUAGUCAUA